AUGACCCGGGUGGUCUUUAUUGACGCCAACGUGCCCAUCUACGCGGCCGGCCGGGAGCAUCGGUACAAGGGGCCCUGCGGCCGUGUUCUCAUGAUGGUUGCCGAGCAUCCGGGGGCGUUCGUGACCGAUGCCGAGGUGCUGCAGGAACUGGUGCAUCGGUAUGUGGCCAGCGGGCGUUGGUCAUUGGGCCGGGAGGUGUUGGAGGAUUUCGCGGAACUGAUGCACGGACGAGUGGAGCCGGUGCAUGGCGAGGACGUCAGGCGAGCGGGGCGAUUGGCCGACGAUAACCCGGGGGUGAGCGCUCGGGACCUGGUGCACCUGGCGGUGAUGCAGCGCGUGGGGGUGAGCCGCAUCGUCACGGCGGACACCGACUUUGACCGACUGCCGGAGGUGGAGAGAUUGGAUCCGGUGGACGUUGACGGCUGGGAAGCUGCGAUGAGCGCGCCGAGGGGCCGGUAG